UAUCAUCCGUUUGCAGAGACGUCAGAGGAGCCUAGAAAAUCCGAGAAUCACGCGCUUCGCCAUCGCAGAAGAAACACCAUCGUCUCUGUAAUUAUCUCUUCCUGCGAUUGACUCACUCAUGCACGUUGCGGUUGAAAAAUGUUCGCGAAUCUCUACUUGGAUGGUAGUAGCUUACAGAUUCUGUGUUCCACAAAAACCCUACCACCCAAUCUAGGUUCACCGAUUUCCCCUCUGGAGAAAUCUCUGCCGAUCAGAAAAAGCAAGCAGAACUACAUACUCAGAACCCAUGAUGGGGAGAAGAGGCACGAUGGAGGCAACACGAAACAGGGCGGUUAUAGAAAUGGAGUUGUUGUCCGCGAAUUUCUUGUCGGAAAACCAGGUUUUGUCGAGACCCGAGAGAGCGAACGGGUCGGAAAAGGGAAGGGCGGUGAUGGAUUUUCUGAUAAGGGGAUUGGGAAUGGUGGAUUGAAUUGGAGUGGCACGGUUGUGAAAAUGCAUGCCAAGUGUUCGACGAAAGGCCUGAAUUAUGGAGGAUGUAUGCCCGCCAUUCUGCAGGCUUUGGAUAGCAUAGAGGAUGUCGAAGAGGCAUUGAGCCCAUGGGCGGAGAAUCUUGGCAACAAGGAGAGGACGAUCAUAUUGAAGGAGCAGACACGGUGGGAGAGAGCGGUGGAAAUUUUCGAGUGGUUCAAGAGCAAGGAUUGCUACGAACUGAACGUGAUUCACUAUAACAUCAUGCUUCGGAUUCUUGGCAAAGCACGUAAAUGGAAGUAUGUGCAGAAUUUAUGGGACGAAAUGGCGAUGAAAGGUAUCGAGCCGAUCAAUUCUACGUAUGGAACUCUGAUUGAUGUUUAUAGCAAGGGUGGCCUUAAGGUACAUGCCCUCUGUUGGCUUGGGAAGAUGAGCAAGAUCGGUAUGCAUCCCGAUGAAGUCACGACGGGAAUUGUUCUCCAGAUGUAUAAAAAAGCGAGACAGCUUCGAAAUGCCGAGGAGUUUUUCAAGAAAUGGUCGUGUGGACGUGAUCAGGGGACGGGUGUGUUCACUGUGAAACAAAAUGCCGAAUCAAAUGCUUAUCUAGGCGCUUAUGCUUAUAACACGAUGAUCGACACGUAUGGAAAGGCUGGGCAAAUAAAAGAGGCAUCGGAUAUGUUUUCAAGGAUGCUGAUUGAAGGGAUUGUUCCGACCACCGUGACUUUUAACACGUUGAUUCAUAUGUAUGGGAACAACGGCCAGUUUGGGGAAGUGACGUCUUUGAUGAAAACGAUGGAAAGGCUUAACUGCUCACCUGAUACACGAACCUAUAAUAUCCUUAUCUCACUCCACGCGAAGAACAACGACAUCCAAAGGGCCGAUGGAUACUUUAGGGAAAUGAAAGAUUCUGGCUUUAAACCGGACCUUGUAAGUUACCGAACCCUUCUUUACGCGUUUUCGAUAAGGCAUAUGGUUGAAAAAGCCGAAGAGCUUAUCGAGGAGAUGGACGAUAAAGGUCUAGAGAUCGAUGAGUAUACACAAUCCGCUCUGACACGAAUGUAUAUCGAAGCCAGAAUGCUUGAGAAGUCAUGGUUAUGGUUUCAGAGGUUCCAUUUCGCUGGAAAUAUGAGCUCGGAGGGCUAUUCAGCCAAUAUCGAUGCAUAUGGUGAGCGUGGCUAUUUGUCGGAGGCGGAGAGAGCGUUUCUCUGCUGCCGAGAAUCCAAGAACCGAACGGUUCUCGAGUUCAACGUGAUGAUCAAAGCGUAUGGAAUCGGCAGAAGGUACGAAAAGGCAUGCGAAUUGUUCGAGAGAAUGAAGAGUUAUGGUGUGCAGCCAGACAAAUGUACAUACAGUUCUCUCAUACAGAUACUGGCAAGCGCCGAUAUGCCUCAUAAAGCUCGACCCUUUCUCGAAAAGAUGCGACAGACAGGUUUUGUCAGUGAUUGCGUGCCUUACUGUGCAGUGAUCUCGAGUUUUGUGAAACUGGGUCGGCUCGAUAUGGCGGAAGAAGUGUACAGAGAGAUGAUCCGGUUCGAUAUAAAGCCCGAUGUCGUCGUGUAUGGAGUCUUGAUCAACGCAUUUGCAGAUAGAGGAGACGUAAGGCCAGCUUUGAUGUACGUAGGAGCGAUGAAGAAGGCAGGGAUUCCUGGGAAUUCGAUAAUAUACAAUUCCUUGAUCAAGCUAUACACGAAAGUCGGGUACUUGAAAGAAGCCGAGGAGAUUUACAGAAUGCUUCGAUCGUCCGAUGUGUAUUCCUCGAACUGUAUGAUCAAUCUGUACAGCGAAAGAUCGAUGGUCAGAAAAGCCGAAGAGAUCUUCGAGUCCAUGAAACAGAGAGGGGAAGCGAACGAGUUCACAUACGGUAAGAUGUUAUGUAUGUACAAGAGAAACUGUAGGUUCGAGGAAGCGAUACAGAUUGCAAAGAAAAUGAGAGAGCUGAAGAUUCUUACCGAUCCGCUGAGUUACAAUAACAUUAUUGGAUUAUACGCCAUGGACGGACGAUUCAGAGAAGCUGUCGAGACUUUCAGAGAGAUGGUUUCCUCCGGGGUUAAUCCCGAUGAAUCGACGUUCAAAUCGCUCGGAAUGAUUCUGAUAAAACUCGGGAUCUCGAAGAAAUCUGUGUGUAAGAUCGAGGCAGAGAGGAAAAUGGAUGGUCGGAGAGGAUUAGAGGUAUGGAUCUCCACUCUCUACUCUGUUGUCGGGAUCGAUGAUAACCACGAAGAAGACGAAGUUUUUUAGGGUUUGUAAGGUUGAUCCGCCAUUGUUUUCUAUCUGAAGCUCCUCUGUAUAUAGGGUUUAGAAGAGAAGGAACAAAUUUGAACCGUUGUAAAGUCUGGAAAUUUUUACGCGGGAAAGAUUAAGCCAGACUUAAACCUGAUUUUCAUAUAUUUAGAUACAUAAUCGAACACCAAAACCAAAGCUACCUUUACAAAAAAAAA